AUGUCAUUCAAGCUCAACUGGCCGUCGUUCUCUCCCGAGUUCAUGGAGAAGGCAAAGCAGCAGCUCACCACCGCCCUGAACAAAGGCGAAAAGCCGGAGAAAAUUGCUGGGCAGAUCGUUGUUCACGAGCUGAACAUGGGAACAAAGCCGCCAGAUUUGGAGAUUCUCGAAAUAGGCGAAUUGCAGGAGGACCGUUUUAGGGGGAUCUUCAAAAUGGGAUACAACGGGGACGCCUACCUGGAGCUCAUGACCAGCGUACAGGCGAACCCGUUGAAAGCGCCAAAAGCAGGAUUGAAAAUAAAUGAGAACCGUGGCCCGUCGGUAUUAGCGGCGAACUGGCCGCUGGUGGUGCCGAUGCGACUUAAGAUCAGCAAUCUUCUCUUAAGGGGGAUUAUUGUGCUCGUUGUAGAUAAGCACAAGGGCGUCACCCUGGUCUUCAAGAAUGAUCCUCUGGAGAAGGUCGAUGUGAAUUCGACGUUCGACAACAUACCCAACAUCCGCCGAUUUCUCCAGUCGCAGAUCGAAACGCUACUACGAAAGAUGUUUCAAGAAGACCUACCGGCUCUGAUACAUAACCUGUCGCUUAAACCUCCGGUUUUGCGAGCCAUAGUUCUGGGUACCCAGAUCGAAGCGGAAAUCAUAAGGACGAAGAUCUGCUGUCGCUAG